AUGUCAACCAAUAAAGAGUAUCAAGAGGAAGAUCCAUUAUCAGAACCUAAAAACACUCAACACAUAGACUUAUCAAAAUUAUCACCACAAGAACUCAAAAUAUAUAAAAUGUAUGGGAAAUUACCAACAACUUCUCAAAUAUUAAGCUCAAAAUUUCAUGACAAAAAAUAUUUUGAUUCAGGAGAUUAUGCAAUGCAAAAACAAAAAGGUUUAAAAGGUGUAUCAGGUUUAGGUGGAAACAAUGUUGCAAGUAAUAUACCCAUGAGACAUCCAAGUGCUGAAAGAAUGAAAGAAAUGUCGGUUAGAAAUAGUAUAAGUGCUACAAAUGCUCAAAUAUUUGCGAAUGGUAAAAGUGGUUUAUUGAAUGAAAGUACACCUAAACCUAAUACUUUGUUGAAUAAAGAUAACGAUAAGGUUAGUAUAUUGUUUGUUAACUUGGGCAUAAACAAUCAGGGAAUAGAUCUAGUACUAGAAUUCACGAUAUCGUUUGAGAGCUUUUACAAUGUUCCAAUUUUCAAUUUCAGAGUAUACCAUAAUAAUAAAUUAUCAUUUGAUCUAGGUGGAGUAAAUGAUAUUUUAUACUGGAACCGAGAAGUUGAAUACUUGUUGAUAGAUCACCAUAUUCUACAGAACCCCUGGUUUCAAAUACAUCCUUGUGAGACUUCAAGUACAUUGGAUCAACAUAUGCAGUCAUUUGUUGAGAUUUUAGAAUACGAAGGAGAUAAAGCGGGAAAAAAGAAAGAUCUUACCGUUGAAUAUUUGAAAGUUUGGUUCAAUUUGUAUGGAUUACCUACAAUCUUGCCCGACUUUUCCUUAAGAUCAACAAUUCAGUGA